UUUAUAAUCUCUCUUCUAGAGGUAAUAAAAUGUUUGAAGUGAACUUGGUAAUGAUCGUCAUAGUAUCAGCUGUAACUAUAUGGAAUAAGGUCGUAUAUUAUAAAGAAUUCCAGCAAUUGUACUACCAACAAAUCGACAUCGUCAAAGAAUUGACUGGAGAAAUUUACCUACGACCGCCUCGAAUUGCAAACGUUUUUUGUUGGAUAACAUAUUUUAUUGGAGUAGUAUUGUGUGUAUUCGAUAUGAGACGAUUUUCAACCAACCAUAUUGCUUGGUAUUUGCACGCCAUGAUAAUUUGGGAAAGGUACAUAAUGGUUACCGCACAUUUACAAUUCGCAGUCAUAGUGGUUAGGUUAACCGAAUCCUAUCGUAUACUAAAUAAUUGUAUGGUAAUUUCAAACAACACAAUGAGUAUUGAAUAUCCUUUUGACGUUUUAAAUGUUAAACCUUUAAAUACAGUAUUUACAAUCAUUUUAGAUAGAACGCGAUUAUUGGCUUUAAUAAAACAUUGGUCAGAUAUUCAUUGGUCGAUUACACAAGUAGUGUUUAAAGUAAAUGAGCUGUUCAAAUUUCAAUUGUUUUUAUAUUUCAUUUACAAUUUAUUCGGAUUAAUCUUAACACCAUACCUAUUGUCGUUGACUUUAUUAAGUGAAGACCAAGAAUCCAUAGGAUUUCAUGUAGCACAGCGAACAGUCGCACUAAUUUAUUUUUUAGUGAGAAUGGUCCUGCUUAUAAUUCCUUGCUCUUUGAUGAAAGACGAAGUAAUUAAGACAAAAAUUUUACUUAGUAAUUUUCUCAAUGUAGAAAUGGAUAUGGCAGAAAUUAUAAAAAUAGAAACAUACGUUGAACAAAUGGAAGCUAAUAUACCGGAAUUCAAAGUUUACAAUUUAUUUGUACUUGAUCGACCACUAGUUGUUACUAUAGCUGGAGUUGUUUCAACUUACUUGGUUAUACUUUUACAAAUCCAAUCACAAUUUUAAAUGAAACAUAAGUUUUACUUGGUGUUGUUAAAAUAAAUUUUCUGUUAAAUUUUCAAGUUAAAUGGCCUUUGUC